GUGGCAUUUCGCUGUGGAUUACUACUGCUGCGCUCGCUGGCCGUCUGCUGUGGAUUUGAAAAAAAUUCUCCAACGGCCGGCCGACGGCUACCUUACUUCGCCGACGAAAGGAUCCACGACAAUCAGACUUCUCUAGGACCUUGGCAGUCAAUUUCGAGAGAUAAAACCGUAUAGCAGAUGGCGAUGGGCGGCGACGCCACCUGGGUCAGUAAGAAGCCGCUGCGGCGGAUCGGAGGGAUGUCGGACGCGCUCUCCAUCGCCGCCGAUCUAGGCUACUCGGUUGCGCCACCGCCUUCGCAGGAGGAAGUGCAGAACUUGUCAGCAUCUAGUGGUGAAAAGGGUGAUGAUCUGAUCAAGGUACUUAGAGAGUUGACAACAGUUCAAAGAAAAAUUGCGGAUCUUCAGGUCGAACUUCAAGGACGAAAGGAUGACAAGAAUGUGGCUCAUUUGACACACGUGAGUGAAAUGGAGAAGAAGAUAGAGACAUUGUCGAGGAUUACUACCAUAUUAAAAGAUGUCAUUCAGAAUAAGGAUCGUAUUAUUGCUCGUCUUCAACAACCUUACUCACUUGAUUGCAUUCCUGUAGAGGCAGAGUAUCAGAAACAAUUUUCAGAAUUGCUUAUGAAAGCUGCAAGUGACUAUGGCCCCUUGACUGCAUCUGUCUCCGAUUUCCAAUGGACUCAAAACUUCAGGGAGUCUCCUUCUGUUUGGGGGGAAAUGUUGAGGCCAAUUCCUGUUGCAUUAGCAUCAUGCACCCGGUUCUUUGAAGCCAUGUCAGCAAUGAGAGAAUCAUUUGCCACGCUCCAGGAUCUCAGAGUAGGCCACUUGACUGCAUCUCCACCUUCAACACCAGCAAAUCAUUCUUCUUCUUCCCAAAUAACCCCUCGAGAUUCAGACCUUGUUACCCCUCCAGUUUGGAAAACCGAAUCGAGUCUGGAUGACUUGGCAAUCAAAAGCCUAGGAAAACAACAAGAGCUUCACGGGCAAGUCGAUGAACAGAUCGAAGCAGACCAAGCUGAUUCCUUGAACCAUAGGAGACUCUCGUGGCCGCCGUCAGUUAAACAGAAUGGUGUUUAGCUGAAACACACUAUUCUGGACUUCAAAGUACACAUUCACUAACUACUCUACCUUGCUUGAAAGUAUUCUAUUUAUUGAAACCUUUUAGUUUGGGUUGUGCAUUGUGAUAUCCUAUUUUCUUUCUUUUUCCUGUAUGUAUGUAUCUUGCCCAAUGGUUUUGAUCUCCCUUUAAAGCACAGCUGACAGGUGACAGCUCAUUCUUUUAUUUCUCUUGGUUGAAAGACGAGAGUGAUUAGGAUUAUUUCAUGAAACAACCACUUAUCUUCAUCGAAAUGAUAAUUUCGCCUCUCCUGGCAGCAGAGCCAUGGAGUAGGCAAAUCAGUAGUACACACAGGAAUAUAUAUAGAUUUACUCAAAUCUUAAUUACUUAG